AAAACAAGCAUGGCGACAGCCGCGAGUGGCUCCAGUGGCGAUGGCUUGGAGGGAACUAGUCAAAGUGGGGAUGCUGCAGGCGCCAGUGCUGCUCCAGAAGGGAAUAUCAACUCGGGGGGUGAUGGCAGUCAGAAACCUGUGUGUUUGAUAGUCCUCGGCAUGGCAGGCUCCGGGAAAACAACUUUUGUUCAGCGUGUGACUGCGUACCUCCAUGCCAGAAAAUGCCCACCUUAUGUCAUCAAUCUCGACCCAGCCGUCCACGAAGUCCCAUUCCCCGCUAACAUAGAUAUCAGAGACACGGUCAACUACAAAGAAGUGAUGAAACAAUAUGGUUUAGGUCCCAACGGAGGAAUCGUUACUUCUUUGAAUCUGUUUGCAACCAGAUUUGACCAGGUUAUGAAAUUCAUUGAGAAGAAGCAGAGCGAUCACCAGUAUGUUUUGAUUGACACACCUGGACAAAUAGAGGUGUUCACCUGGUCAGCUUCUGGUACCAUCAUCACUGAAGCUCUGGCCUCCAGCUUCCCCUGCGUGGUCGUGUAUGUGAUGGACACAUCGCGGAGUGUGAAUCCGGUCACCUUCAUGUCCAACAUGCUCUAUGCCUGCAGCAUUCUCUAUAAGACCAAGCUGCCAUUCAUCGUGGUGAUGAACAAGACGGACAUCAUCGCCCACACCUUUGCGGUGGAAUGGAUGCAGGACUUUGAGACAUUCCAGGAGGCGCUCAACCAGGAGACGUCCUACGUGAGCAACCUCACUCGCUCCAUGAGCCUGGUGCUGGAUGAGUUCUACACCAACCUGCGGGUCGUCGGGGUAUCAGCAGUCACGGGCACCGGUCUGGAUGAACUCUUCGUGCAGGUUGCCGAGGCAGCCAAAGAAUAUGAGACCGACUACCGUCCGGAGUAUGAAAGACUUCACCGAGAGCUGGCUGCAGCUCAGAGUAAGAAGCAGCAGGAUCAGAUGGAGCGCCUGCACAAGGACAUGGGGUCCGUACCCCUGGACAAGCCCGUCUCAGCCACAGACGAGCCAGAGCUCAGUGGUGCGUGUGACCUCAUCUUCUCACGGGGAAACCCCGACCAGGAAGAGGAGGACACGGACAGCGAUACAGAUGACAUCGACCAUCAAGUGACGGAGGAGAGCAAGGAGGACCCAGCCUUCAAGAACUUCCUGAAGGAGCGAAAGGAGGUGGUUCAUGCGCGGAACCAGAAGAUGCAGUGAGUGUACUGUACUGAGACACACAGCACACACAGGCACAACAUCUCUUCUGUGUGUGUGACCCUCAAAGGACCGGGAAUGCUCCUUCUCCUACCCCCCACACACACACACACACACACACAGUGGACUUCAUUAGGGGAAACCGUGUCCAGAAACAAAAGUUGACCUGUUAGUGGUCAGGACUACAGCACUGAUUUGAUAUCGGCGUGUUGUGAGAUUAGAAUCGGCGAGGUUCAGAAACCGUGUGCAGGUUGGCCUUGUUGCAGACUCAAAAGCCAUCAGCAAACCAAACAGGCCUCAUUGAUCAUGAUGACUAACGUCAAGUCAAAGAAAGCCAAGGGCAUAUCACCUGAAGAUGAACACCAACGCUACAGAGUUUGGGGGUCAAUAUCUGAAAUGGAUUGGUGAUGCUCAUUUAUGUGUUGUGUGUUAUUUAUGUUGUAAUCUGCAAAGCAAACCAUAUGCAUCUCCUACCUUGUAGAGGCCUGUCUGGGCAGUGAGGUGUGCGGUAUCAAGGACUGAAUACUAUUAUGUGUGCGACAUUUGUUGUGUAUCUUUGUAUAGAAGAUUUGUGUGUUGAGGAAAUGUAUCAUUUCACUGUUAUAUUUUAUCUACUUUUCCCUUCCCAUUCUCAAAGAAAAGAAAUAAAAUGAUUAUGAAUGCCA